AUGAUUGAAUUGUUGAAAUUGUAUACUCAUGAUGAAUAUACUGCCCUCAUUGAACAUGCAUUUAAAAGAUACAACUCAAUUAUUUAUCUAUUUUCCACAACCUAUGCUCUCGAUGAAAAGAGAAUGGAAUAUACGAAACGUAUAUUUAACAUUUUAGUUAGAGCUAAAGAUAGAGAAAUUAAUGAUUUUCCAGUUUUAUUUGCCAUUAAUAAGAUUGAUAUUCCAGAAAAAGAAAGAAUAGAAAGUGUGGAAAGUAUAAUUUCAUUUAUUGGAACAAUUAUCAAGGAAUUUGAGUUGAAAAAUACUGCAAUAUUCGAAACAAGUGCUAAACAAACAAUUAACAUGAAUCAAAUAUUUGAACAUGUUCUGAAAAUGGAGGAUUGGUCUCAAUUUCCAUUUCUUAAUGCAAUUAAAGAAAUAGAUGAAAGAGAUGGAGCUUCUAUAGAGGAUAUGAAAACAUGGAAAGAUAAGAAACAAAGAAAGAAGUGUAUUCUUUGUUAA